AUGAAGUUCCACAGGAUGGCAGAAGAAUUGAUGCCUUUAUUGAUGAAGGGGUACUUGGGCCAUUUCGAUGUUCCCGCUCGCUUGAGCUUAAUGCCAAGCUCAAGGCGGGUUCGCUCGGAAAUGCUCAUACAGUCACGUGAUGCGAAUGCUGAAGUGCACCCGUUGGUUGAAUCUUUGACUCGGUCUUUGACUGUCCUUUUCGGCGUCUUCUAUCAAACAAUCCUGAAGGAUUGGUUAUAUCUCAAUUUCGGAAUCGGACGAGUUCAUAAUCGCAUCGAAGACUUUCCAUAUACAUGUCGACGACUCGAACAUCCUCUCUUAUCUUCCUGCGAAGAUCUUUUUCUUGAUCAUGAGGAUCGUACGUUGUAUGCUGCGUGUUCAACCGUCGAAAGCCGUCGCGGCUGGAGUCCUGGGGGCGAUCUGUACAAUGUAUCCAAAAGAACCUUGAAAGACCACGUGUCAGUACUCAACAUUGAUGAGCCGGAAGAUGAUGGACUGUAUGGUCUUUACCAGCUAGAAAUCACCGGAGGAUAUAAAGGCGUGGAUAGUCACAACUCUCUCGAUGUUCACGGGUUUGAUGUCGAAUACAUGCCUGAUUCUCGAUUGAGAUUUUGGAUGAUCAAUCAUAGACCCCCAGUUGACGAGUCGGGCAACUUUCUUGAUGCCGCAACAUUAGGCGCAAAUUCAACCGUGGAAGUCUUCGAUUUGGCUCCUGGAUCUACCAAACUGGAGUAUGUCAAGACUAUCGCUGACCCGAUUAUCCAAACGCCAAACGGUAUAGCUGCGACUCGCGAUGGUGGAAUACUCUUUCUCACGUAUGCACAGAUUCGCUCAUUGGACAUGGUCAUUGGAGGCGGGAACAUUGCCAUGUGUGGAUUCGACAAUCAAUGUUAUUCCGGGCCUUCCAAUCGAUUUCCCAAUGGCAUAGUUCAAGGCCAAGAUGGUCUUUACUACGUCGCCUCAUCCAUCCGGGGAAAAGUGACAGUGUACUCUCUAGAAACCAACCACACACUUACCCAAGUCGACGAAAUCGACCUCCACAUGCCAUUAGACAAUCUAUCCGUAGAUGCCAAUGGCGACAUCCUAGCCGCCGGCUUUCCAGACAUUUUGAAACUUAUCAAGUCUGUUACUGAACCCACAGUCAAUGUUCCAUCUACAGCUUUCAGGAUAAGAAAAUUUGAUGCAGCGGAUGGAGGGUGGAAAUAUGUGGUGACGAAGAUCUUGGAGGAUAUUGAGGCUAAGGUUUUAUCGGCUUCUACUUCGGUGGCUCAUGAUCCGAAAACGGGUCGUUUGUUCUUUGGUGCUAUUACUGCGCCGUUUGUGGUUGUGUGUGAUAAAUCUUAG